UUUGUUUUAGGGCAUCACUAUGAAACUUAUUUGGAUUUAUGCAUUUCUUUUCAUCAUUCUCAAAGCCAAAGUUACAGUCACUUCAUCUCAGACAUUAAAGUUUGUGUCUGCGGUGAUUGAUCAGUUUGUUGUCCUGCCCUGUGACUUGAGCGGCUGUGCUACAGUUCAAUGGAGUCAAGUCUAUCCCAUACAGACGACUGUUGCUGGAUGCCAUAACCACAGGUGCUCUGUUGAAGAAAGUUUUCAGGACAGAUUCAAAUUCAUCAAGGAAAACUCCUCUCUGCUUCUCAUCUCUGCAAAAUACAAUGACCAGGGGACCUACAGAUGCACCUGUGGAAACAUCGAAAAUGAUGUGAAACUGGAGGUUCUUGUUCCAGUAAAUGUGUCAGCUGAGGAGUUUGCAAACAUCACCCUGCCGUGUUAUGCCAGGACUCAGUCUGAUGUCAGUGACGUCACAUGGCUUCAUAACAACAGUAUAGUUUUACAUUACUUUAAGAAUGGAUCCAUGAGUUUUGGCAAAGUCUAUGAAGGCAGAGUAUCACUGACACGUGAUGGAUUCAGAUAUGGUGAUCUCUCUCUGACUAUUACUAAGGUCCACAAGACAGACGCAGGGUUAUAUCGUUGUUUUGUACAUGAUGAAACAAAUAAAGGAGACCACACUCAUAUAUGUUGCAUGUGA